AUGGACACUUCAGAAAACACCGCGACGCCGUCUCCGGCUCCAGCCUCCCGCCGCCGGUCUGGCCGUCAGACGCGAGUUCCCGAGAAGUUCCAGCCCGAGAUCACGAUCGCGCCAAAACGCAAGAGGGGCGAGCACGAUGAGGAGGACGAUGCCGAGAACCUCGACCCUGAAGGAGACGAGGGAGAUGAGGAGUCCAGUGAAGACGAUGCCGACGAUUCUCCUUCGGAAGAGGAGCGCGCCAAGCCAAAGAAGAAGAGGACCGCGUCGCAACAGUCGCGAGCCAAGAAACCAGCUGCGAAGAAGCCAAAGGUCAACGGCGCAGGUCCUACAGCAACGUCACUGUCUUUAGGGCUGCCUAGUAGGCCGAAAGCGAAGAAGAGUGUACGCGUUAUGACGGGCGACAGGCGCGACGGUGAUGGAGUAUAUGCGGAUAUUUUCGGAUCCGGCGAUUCUUCGGACGACGUAGCGAGUCGAUGGUAUCAGAAGUACAAAUCCGACAACGAGGCAGCGGUGACAGACCUCGUCAACUGUGUUCUCCUCGCUGCGGGGUGCGACGAACAAGUGACAGAAGAUGACAUCCAAGACCCCGACAACAUUCAAAAUCGCCUGUCUGAACUGCAGGAUCUGUACCAAGAGAAACAAAUCACCGACUAUCCAUUAGCGAAGGCAAAGGAGAGCAGGAGCUUCCGAGACCUGCUUGUGAACUUCUUCGAGUCAUUGAUCAACGUUUUCCACGAGACAGAUGUGCUUUACAAUGAUGAACCACUCAUGGAGAACAUUGCGCGCUGGGUGUACACCAUGUCCUCGUCGACCCUGCGCCCCUUCCGACACACAGCCACAACAAUUGCGUUGGCUAUGGAACUUGCCAUGGCGGGCGUUGCGAAGAAGCUCGAUGACAGGAUUAGCAAAACCGCGCAACAAGUUGAGACGGAAAAGAGCAGGAAAGGUAAGAACAAGAAUAAGGAGAUGCUUGCCAAUCUGCAAAAGUCCCUCAAUGAGGCAAACAAUAAUCGCGAGAUGUGCGGCAAGUACAUGCUAGACUGCUUCGAAGUUGUAUUCGUCCACAGGUAUCGCGACAUCGAUGCGCGCAUCCGCACAGAGUGUGUCGAAGCUCUUGGAUCAUGGAUCUGGGUUCUGCCAACGGUUUUUAUGGAGCCCGAGUAUCUGAGGUAUCUCGGUUGGCUGCUGUCAGACAUUGUACCAUCUGCACGCCAGGAGGUGCUCAAGCAGCUGUCGAGGGUGUUCAAGCGUGAUGCCUCAAAGCUUGGCCACUUCAUCGACAGGUUUCGACCUCGUCUCAUGGAGAUGGCCACACAAGACUUGGAUGUCAGUGUGCGUGUCGCGGCUAUCGGUGUGAUUGAAACACUCGGGGAGGCAGGAAUGCUAGAGCCGGAUGAGAUCGACGCCGUUGGCAAGCUCAUCUUCGACUCAGAGUUGCGAAUCCGGAAAGCAAUUGUUAAGUUCUUCUCUGACGCUGUUCAAGCUGCCGUUGAACAGAAAGUUGAAGCGAUCGGCGGCGAGGAGGCGGUCGAAGAACUGUUCCCUGAAGGCGAAGAUGUUGAUGACACUGCGCCACGGACCGAAUGGCUCGAAGUGAAGGCGUUAGCUGAAACGCUGGCAGUCUAUGAAUCACAACUGGAGGACGCAGACGAAGACGAGCGACGCGGACUCGACAUUUCUGCGGAUAUGAUCAAUGCAAUCGCCCCUGACACGCGGAUGUCGCUAGCGUCUCAAGUUUUGUAUGACAAGAUGGAGACUGUCAAGAGCUGGGAGCUGCUGGCCGGCUUUUUACUCCAUGAUCAUUCAACAAGCACAAAAUCGAGGUCAAGAUCAAAAGCGAGCUCAGCCGAGGCGACAAUGCGACAACAUGUCGCUCCCACUGCAGAGGAAGAGGCAAUCCUGCUUGAGGUUCUAGUGGCGGCUGUCAAGCAAAAUCUGGUACAUAUACACGAUGCUGAGAAGGGAAAGAAGAAACCGACGAGGGGUGAUGCAACAGAGUCUGCCGAGGAAAUUGCUUUACAACUGGCCCAGGUCAUCCCGAAACUUCUGAGCAAGUUUGGGGCGGAUCCGAAAACCGCUACGACGGUCCUGCGCCUGCAACACCUUCUUGAUCUCGACGUGUUCCAACAACUUCGACAAGAUUCAUCAACGUUUGAACAUCUUCUGGACGGAAUAUGUACGCAAUUCAUGAGACACGGAGACAAAGACGUUGUUUCAGAGGCGACCCUCGCUUUACUUCACUCUCGGAAGUGUGAAGAAUAUGAGGAGACAGUGGACCUCAAGAUCUCGGCACUGUGGGAAAACGUUAUCGACUCCCUGCGCAACUUUGACACCUCCCAUGACCUCGCGAAGCGAGGAAGUUUGAGCGGAUCAAUUCUCUUAGGUCUCUCUACUACGCUGAUGAAGAUCAGCAGUCUGGCCCGGGUCAAGGAUUGUGUCGACGUCUUGGAAGCUGAAGGUACCGAAGGUUCCACAGCACCAGCCAUCGAGAUCUUGACCAAAGCAGUCCACCGUGGUCGCUUCCAGCAGGCCGACGAAGACCUCGAUGAUCUGGAAGAUGAGGCUACGUCGUAUGCGAUCAAGUGUUGUCACUUCUACUUCAUGUGGAAGGUCCUGUCAAUCACAAGUGCCAUCGAGAUGCAGACGGACGUGUCAAAUAAGGCGAUAAGUCGUCUCGCGACACUCAGAAAGACGUAUCAGGCGAAUCUGAUUCACACAUUGUCUUCAAGAGCCAUCAACGACGAUCUGCGUUUAUUUGCUACUGGCAGCCUCUGCGAUCUACACAUCACGUUCAGCUCCAUUCGGCGUACCCUCGAGCGAUGGUCGGCCGUCGGCGCAGCGAAGAAGUACGCCAGUCUCCUACCCCUAGUCCAAGAAAUACAGCCAGGGCUUAUCCCUGAGCUCAUUAAUGUCUUUGACGGAGCGGAGCGAGCAUAUGCCAAGAAGACUAAGAGACAUCUCAACGAACCUGCUGAAGACGAGGAUCCACUUGAUGAUGACCAGCUCUCCGAUGCUGAAGAAGAGGAGGACCUGUCAGCAGAGGAGAAGCGAGCCUCGGAGCUCCGAGCAGAGAAAGCCCUGUGCGAGCUCACCGCCAAGUAUGUCGUGGCCAUCUUGUCGAAGACAGUGGACCAGAACGGACCACAUGCGGGUAAACUCAAGAAGAGAAUACUGCGCAACUCGGUGAAGCUGGGCAAUAACUUCAAAGAGACUGUGGCGUUCUUGGACGAGAAGAAGAUGAGGGAAAUCGAGGAGGCGAAGAAGAGAAGGGCCGCCUCGAGAGCCAAGAGCAAGCAGCCCGCGCCGAAGCAGCCUGCCAAGCCGGCCAUCAGCGCCGAGAUAGUGGUCGCGGACGAUGACGAGUCGGAGGGUGAGCAGCCUGAGGAGCCGGAAGAGGGCACAGAGGAGGACUUGCGAAGACGGGAGCUGCUGGAGGACCCCAUUGAGGACCACGAGAGCGAGGCAGAGGAGCAAGCUGAUCAUGUAGCCGAUGACGAGUCGAUUCUGGGAGACUGA